UAGGACGCCCACUUGUGUUUGUUUAGGGAUGGGCGUCGCGGGCUUUGGGAACUGUUAGUGGAGGCACCUACGCUUGGUGAGGGCGUGAGCACGUGUUGCGGGCAGGAUCCUUGCCUAAAGAGCGGAGUCUGCGACUGGGAAGUCUAUACUCAAUGUGAUUCCAAUACCUAGAACGUCUUUCUUCAGAUGGGCAAUGCGGUUCCCGAGCUGGCCCUGGGGUGUGUGUCCACAAGUUAAGGAGCCGCCGCGGCCUGCCCUACCAUGUCGGAAACGGGCGAGGAGCAGCCCAUGGAGACUACGGGCGCCACUGAGAACGGACAUGAGGCCGCUCCCGAAAGCGAGUCGCCGGCAGGGGCUGGCACUGGAGCAGCCGCGGGGUCUGGAGGCGGGACCUCUGCGCCCCCGAGCGGGAAUCAGAACGGCGCCGAGGGCGACCAGAUCAACGCCAGCAAGAACGAGGAAGACGCGGGAAAAAUGUUCGUUGGUGGUCUGAGCUGGGAUACCAGCAAAAAAGAUUUAAAGGACUAUUUUACUAAAUUUGGAGAGGUCGUGGAUUGUACAAUAAAAAUGGAUCCCAACACUGGACGGUCAAGAGGGUUUGGGUUUAUCCUCUUCAAAGAUGCUGCCAGUGUGGAGAAGGUCCUAGACCAGAAGGAACACAGGCUGGAUGGCAGGGUAAUUGACCCUAAAAAAGCCAUGGCCAUGAAGAAGGACCCUGUCAAGAAAAUCUUUGUAGGGGGUCUGAAUCCUGAAGCCACAGAGGAAAAGAUCAGGGAGUACUUUAGAGAGUUUGGGGAGAUUGAGGCCAUUGAGCUUCCAAUGGAUCCCAAGUUGAAUAAAAGACGGGGUUUUGUUUUUAUUACUUUUAAAGAAGAAGAUCCUGUGAAGAAAGUUCUGGAGAAAAAAUUCCAUACUAUCAGUGGAAGUAAGUGUGAAAUCAAGGUGGCCCAGCCCAAAGAAGUCUAUCAGCAGCAGCAGUAUGGCUCUGGGGGCCGAGGAAACCGCAACAGAGGGAAUCGAGGCAGUGGUGGCGGUGGAGGUGGAGGUCAGAGUCAGAGUUGGAAUCAGGGCUACGGCAACUACUGGAACCAGGGCUACGGCUACCAGCAGGGCUACGGGCCCGGCUAUGGCGGCUACGACUACUCGCCCUAUGGCUAUUACGGCUACGGCCCCGGCUACGACUACAGUCAGGGUAGUACAAAUUACGGGAAGAGCCAGCGACGCGGUGGUCAUCAGAAUAACUACAAGCCAUACUGAGGCGGCAGCAGGAGCAGCUGACUGACUGACCGCACACGCUUUGUUGGAUACGGAGUGAACGCAAUUAUGUACCAAAUUUAACUUGGCAAACUUUCUAUGGCCUGUCCCAUGUGCAUCUUAUUUAAAAUUUCCCCCCUGGAAAUCACUCUCCUGUUUACUAUUUCCAGAGCUCUAGUUGUUUUAGGCAGCGUGUGGUGUCUCAGGCCAGAGCGGCAUUAGGGGUUGAUUUUAUUACCAGGUUACCUAGAACCAGGUUGGAGGGUCUGCUUCCUGCUGCCGCUCUGCAGCCUGGACCUGUGGACCCUGGUUGUAAAGAGUAAAAUGUAUCUUAGGAAACCAGUGUCACCUUUUUUCCCACCUUUUAAUUUUAUAUUAUUUGUGUCAUACAUUUCCUGUAAUGGAAGUGUUAAUUUUACUGUACUUUUUGGUACCUUUUGGGAAUCUAAUGUAUUGUAAGGUAUUUUACACGUGUCCUGAUUUUGCCACGACCUGGAUAUUGAAGCUAUCCAAGCUUUUGAAAUAAAAAUUUUAAAACCCCCAAGCCUGGGUGAGUGUGGGAUAUGCUGUGAGACCUCUUACCCAGAGUAUGGGUGCCAGGUGCUCUGGGGCUGGGGCCUUCUCCCAUAGCAAGGUCUUUCAGAUGCUGACCCAGUUGUGGGUUACAGCUUGGAUGAAGGACCUGACUACUGACCUUUUGUGAGCUGUUUUGGGUCUAUAUUCUCUCCAUCUCUGGAGAGCAUCCUGUCAGGCAUAUACACCCUACACAUCCAUGGUUGGUUUUCUCAGCAUAGAAAGCUCACUGAGGGAGGAAAUGGCUAUUCCUGCCCUCUCAUCCUAGCCAACAAGUACAGGCCAAGUUUUAGAGACUUUCUGGUGGGGAUGGGUAGAUAAUACCCAGGGAAGUAAGAGCUUCCCACUUUUGAAAAAAGUAACCUGUGAGAAGGAUCUAUAAAGAAUGUUUUAGAAGGUUCAUUUUGCUAAGGAUAAUGGCUGUUGAUGGUAAGAAACCAUCUCUGGGUCUCUUAAGAACAAGAGGCAAGGCCCACUCACCGGGAGGAUGUUUGACUGAGCAGGGCUGAAGUCUCAGUGUUUCACAACUUCUUACCUUCUCUUCCAUAUCUGAAAAAGACCACAAAGCCACCCCAAUGGAACACCUUUCUCUGGAGCCCUCAGUGUCCAAAGCUGCUUGGAUAGCAGUUUAGAGACUGGGCCCACCUACAUGGCCAGUUUCAUACCUGACCCUUACUCACAGAGGUGGGCUAGCAAUUUCUUGGAAGGGAACCAUAUAUACACCUGGAAAACAUAAGCCAGCCCUCAGUUCUCUUGUUACUUUCAGGCUGUGUCCAGGAGUCCUAAACCACUUCUGUAGCUGGUUAGCUUCUGGUUUGUUAGGCUCCCCACAAAUAACACUGUCCAUCAGAACCCCUACCAUCUCAAAUUGUCUAGCAGGAAUUGGACUUUGUUCAGCUCCAGGGCCCUGGGCAUAUGUAUACCUGUGGUCAGCAAAGAAGUAACCCAGAGGUGGAAGGGAAAGACUACCUUUGAUAUGUUCCACAGAUAAUUUUGCCUAUAUGGGGGUCUCAAAGGUCUCCAUAAAUGGUAUACAGACUCAACAGGGCUUAAUCUCAGUUUGGUAGAGAUGUAAAUAGAUUGAGGGGAAUACACUGGGCUUAUUUUUGACCAUUCUAGGUGAUUGGAGAAGAAGUUUAUUGUUGUCCAGUCUCUGAACGAAUCUCAUUUCAGCCACCCCCCAGCUAGGUGAAUGUGUUCCUAGCUUCCAGUAUAGAAGGAAGCUGCUGCCAUCUGUGUCUCAGGGUGACUUUAAGCACAUGUAAUGGGGUCUAGCCUAGGCAGGUGGGUUGGCUGGUGGCUUGAUGCCCAAAGGGCUAGAAAGCUCUUUUAGGUUCAGGCAGGAAUAGGAGAGGCUUGGCUGGAAGGCCCUUCGCAAACUUGGUGUGUGUCUAAAGGAUAUCCUGUCGUCUUCUGGGCUCUCAUGCCCCUUAGUGCAUGCUGGGGGCUCUAGGUAACAUGGUCAGUUGCUGCUCCAAGCUCACCUGUCAGAAUGGCAUCCAGUUUUGUCACCACCAGUUGUGCAUUGUCCAGGCUGAAACACAUUGGGGGCUUAAACUUCAGAAUGUUCCUUCCAGGGCCAUCAGCACUUAGCAAAAUGUAGUUUUCCUUCAGCCUGUGAGGACAGGACACCCCUUUGACAUUCAAGCCUUCUUCAUCCUCACUUUGGCUUAAUGUCCAGGAUUCAAGCUACAUUGUCUUCAGAGUCCUUCACUAGACACUUCCCACCAAGACACUGCCCUGUCCACCCUGCCAAAGUCCUGCUCAUCCAGUGGCCCAGCAUUAAUGGCCCUUGUCUGGAAUGUACUUGGCUCUGCUGUCCCCAAAAUGGGUCUGACUUCUCCAGUCUAUACCAAGCCAAGACUGACCCGGGUUAUUGACAAUGCCUGUAUUUCCCUUUUGUGCAUGGUUUGUGGUGUGUAGUAUGUCCCCUUUCUAAUGAAACAUGUCUAACAUGAAUGGAAUGAGAAUUCUGUAACAUUUGCCAAGCUUCAGUAACUUCCCUCCUAGGGUAACUUGUCAUCCCAGACAGGACUAUUAAUUUCCCAUUCUUUUUGGGAAGAUGAAUAAUUUUUAAUAUUCCACAUUAAUAUUUGGAUAUUUUGGCCACUGACAAGGGUCUCGAAUGAUUUGUGUUUUGACUUAUGCUCCCUUUCUUUUUUAUUUUUUAUUGUUAAAAUAUUACGGGGGUGGGGUGGGGGCUUGUUUUUCAAUUUGUCUUCUGGCUUCUUUUUCCUGUUCUGUUCUUUGCAGCACAUUGGAAAUAAUAAAGUUUGAACUGUGGAUUCUC